CAGACCAUUAAAGUCUUGUCUUGUUUCGUCCCGCUUUCCAAGCCUUCUGACCAAUGCCAAGAAGUUUCUUCUUAUCAUCAUAAACUAGUCCUUGGAGACUGCCUAUUCCUGUUCUGGAACUUGUUUUUAAAUACCUUCUAUUUUGCUUCCUUCCUUGCCAAUGUCUUGUUUGCUGAGCUCCUUGACAUAACUACCAUUGUUUUGUUGUCUAUAUGUGUAGCAACCACAGGCUGAGAAGUUAGAGGAAGGUUUCAUAGUUCAUCUCUCCUAGAAUCGAUUGUGUUGGAGUUGUAACAACAUUUCGGAUUACAUUACGUGAUUCAUUUUAUAGACUAUUUUUCGUUUUUAACAAUAGAUUUUAGAUAAAGCUGCUUCAGAUGUAUUGAACGAGUUCUGUAGCAUUGAAUCUGGAUUCCACUGUGUUAACUAACUAUUCUGUAGCUUAAACUUUAUAAAAACCUCUACAAGAUGUAAAUCAGGCCUUUCUCCCUUUGUAGUAUCCUCUACCCAAAAAAAACGAAAAAAAAAGCAUUUGGGGUUCAAAAUGAGCCAUAGAAUCUAGAAAUACAUUUCUGGUCUUACAAUUUUCUUCUGUGUGUUGGUUGUAGUAAUGGGUGAUUCUGCUAAUGCAACCCCUGUUCAAUCUGCACCACCAACCCCUGGCACUCCAGGUGCACCACUUUUUGGUGUAAGGGUGGACAGAGCUCCCAAUGGAAAGCGGACUCUGCUCAACGGUUGCAAUUCAUGUUUGUCCAUCGAAUCAUGGGUUGAAGAAAGGGUCUUCUCAGACUUGCCUGCUGCAUUGCCCUCAGUUUCUCUUGCAAGAAAGGUUGCAGCAGAAUUCAUUGGGACCUUCAUGCUCAUAUUCGCUGGGACUGCAACGGCCAUUGUGAAUGAAAAAACAGGUGGUUCUGUGACACUGAUAGGCCUUGCCGCUACAGGUGGUUUGGCUGUUAUGAUUAUCAUAUUGUCAACUGGCCACAUAUCCGGGGCUCACCUCAAUCCUUCACUCACCAUAUCCUUUGCAGCUCUUCGCCAGUUUCCUUGGAUUCAGGUACCGGCUUACAUAGGAGCACAGGUGCUUGCAUCCAUUUGUGCAUCAUUUGUACUGAAAUUAAUAUUUCAUCCAUUUUUGAGCGGUGGGGUUACAGUUCCCUCUGGUAGCUACAUUCAAAGCUUUGCUUUGGAGUUCUUCAUCACUUUCAAUCUCAUGUUCGUUGUCACAGCUGUGGCUACAGAUACUCGUGCUGUGGGUGAACUUGCAGGAAUAGCAGUGGGUGCUACAGUCAUGCUUAACAUACUUGUUGCAGGAACAAGUUCUGGAGCUUCCAUGAAUCCUGUUAGAACUCUGGGGCCUGCAAUUGCAGCACACAACUACAAAGGCGUAUGGAUAUAUCUUAUAGCACCAAUUUUGGGAGCACUAACAGGAGCUGCUGCCUACACAGCCGUUCGUCUCAAAGGGGAAGAUAAUCAAGGCAGGCCUACUAGAAGUUUCAGAAGGUGAUCUCAUCUGUAUAUGAAGCUUAUAGCUUAUAAGCUAUAGCAUACAUACCCAAUAAACAUAUCAUAAAUAAACACCCAUCUCAGCUAUUCUCAUAUAUAUUGUUGAAAAAGUGUACCAGCUAGGGAAACUAUCUCAUGUUUGUUACCAAAUCUGUUCUGUAAAUAAACUAUAAUACAAUUGUCGAUGUUA